UGUUGACGUACUAUUAUGGCAAUAUGUUUUGUAUUUUUAAUUAUGAACUUCUAUUAUAGAAUGAUGAUGGACUAUAUGUAGUUGUGGUAUCUCUUGGAUAAUGUAUCAUGGAUGCUAUUGAUUUUAUGGAUAUUAUAGAUGUUAUGAUUUUGUGAUAUUAUAUGUAUUUGCAUUAUAUGUUUAUAUAUCAUUUGUUUUAUUUGCUACAGAUGUUUUAUUUUUUGCAUAAUAUGUUUUCUACAGGUAUGGGCAGCAUUGACAAUAGUUCUGAGGAGAAUUAUUCUAGUGAAGAUGAGAUAGUUGAUGAUGAUAAUUAUAAUAUUCUACUAACUGCAACUAUUGGUAUGGUUACUGAAUAUUACACAAAAUAUAUUGAAAAGGAGCCUUGUAGGACCUCUUAUCAAACCGGAUACAAGUUUGUAUCAGAAAUUUUACAUGGCAAUCCAUAUAGAUGCCAACAACAAUUUCGAAUGGAAAAACAUGUAUUUAUUAAUCUAUGCAUGGAAUUGAAAAUCAAAUAUGGUUUAAAGGCUUCUAGAUAUAUUCCUGUUGAGGAGCUGGUGUCUAUGUUUUUGAUGAUUCUAGGACAUGGGUUUGGGAAUAGGAUGGUUCGAGAAAGAUUUCAACAUUCUGGAGAAACAGUUAGUAGAUAUUUCACUCAUGUUUUAAAUGCUGUUUUAAGGAUGUCCAAGGAUAUUAUUAGCCCGCUGGAUAAAGAGUUCAAAAAUAUUCCAAGUAAAAUCCGCAAUGAUCAUCGUUGGUGGCCUUAUUUUAAGGACUGCAUUGGAGCAAUUGAUGGCACCCAUAUACCAGUGAAAAUUUCUCCAUCCAAACAAGUACCAUAUAUUGGCCGAAAAGGGAUUCCUACACAAAAUGUUAUGGCUUGUGAUUUUGACAUGCGUUUCACUUUUGUUUGUGCUGGAUGGGAAGGUACUGCUCAUGAUACUCGUAUUUUUUUAGAUGCUAUACACAGUAAAGAGCUCCAAUUUCCACACCCACCUAGAGGUAUGCAUUUUAAUUAAAUAUAUUAUAAUAUAGACGUAUGCAUAUUAAUUAAAUAUAUUAUAAUCACAAGUAUACUUUUUUAACUUUCAUUAAAUAUAUUAAAAUACUAACUCAUAUAUAUAUAUAUAUAUAUAUAUAUAUAUGCAGGUAAAUAUUAUUUGGUGGAUGCAGGAUAUCCUCACAUAUUGGGAUAUAUGGGGCCUUACAAAGGGGAGAGGUAUCAUUUACCAGAUUUUCGACGUGGAAGUCAACCAAGGGGUAUGCAUGAAAUCUUUAAUCAUGCACAUUCCUCC